CCCUCUCCCCCUCCGCCACGGGCCGCCGCCGGGCGGAGGGAGCGCCAGGCCUGGUCCGGUCAGCCCGCGCACCGCCCCGGCCCCGGCCCCUCCCCCUCCCCCUCCGCAGAGUAUGGCGAGCCGCCGCCAGGACCCACGGCGGAGCCGCGGAGGGUGCUAACCCGACCCCGGCCCGCCUCCGACGGGCCUUCUGCGCUGCAGUUGCAAAUGAAAAUGGAGGAAAUGUCUUUAUCUGGCCUGGAUAACAGCAAACUAGAGGCUGUUUCGCAUGAGAUCUACACAGAUCUGGUGGAAGAUGCCUGUCUGGGCCUCUGCUUUGAAGUCCACCGGGCAGUCAAGUGUGGCUACUUCUUCCUGGAUGACACAGACCCAGACAGCAUGAAAGACUUUGAGAUCGUGGAUCAGCCUGGCGUGGACAUCUUCGGGCAGGUCUAUAACCAGUGGAAGAACAAGGAGUGCGUGUGCCCCAACUGCAGCCGCAGCAUUGCUGCCUCCCGCUUCGCCCCCCACCUGGAGAAGUGCCUGGGCAUGGGCCGCAACAGCAGCCGCAUUGCCAACCGGAGGAUCGCGAGCAGCAACAACAUGAACAAGUCAGAGAGCGACCAGGAGGACAACGAUGACAUCAAUGACAAUGACUGGUCCUAUGGCUCUGAGAAGAAAGCAAAGAAGAGGAAAUCAGACAAGAACCCCAACUCGCCCCGCAGGUCCAAGUCCCUGAAACACAAAAAUGGUGAGAUCAGCGGGAACCCCGACCCCUUCAAGUACAGCAACUCAGCAGGGAUCAGCUACGAAACACUGGGCCCCGAGGAUCUGCAGACGCUGCUCACCACGCAAUGUGGGGUCAUCUCUGAGCACACCAAGAAGAUGUGCACCAGGUCCCUGCGGUGCCCGCAGCACACGGAUGAGCAGCGGCGGUCGGUGCGCGUGUACCUCCUGGGGCCCUCCGCGUCCCUACCCGAGGCAGAGAGCAGCGUGGAGAAUGACAGCUUUGAGGUAGCUGAGAGCCAGGCCCUCAUGAGCCGGCUGCAGUGGGACGGCUCCUCUGACAUCUCGCCCUCUGACUCGGCCUCCUCAAAAGCCAGUACAAACAACUCUGAAUCCCGCAAGACCAAGAAGAAGAAGCCCCACCUGGGGCUGGUGAGCGGGACCUCAGGGCUGAGUUCCAGCAAGAAGAAGAAGCCCAAACCCCCUGCGCCCCACACCCCCAGCAUCUAUGAUGACAUCAGCUGAGCACAGCAGAGCUGAUGGAGGAGGGGGGAGAUGGACAGACAGAUGGACACAGGCUGGGGCAGCCCCUCUCCCCCGCACCCCCCCCCCUUCGACUGGGACAGCACUGACAUUUGGACACAAAGUGGGUGCCUGGGGCAGAGGAGGACUCGGCCAUUGCCACAGGGAUUGGGGGGUGGGGUGGCAACGGGGCUGGAUUUGGGAGCCCUCAGUUGUGUCCCUCUUCCCCCAGUCUGGUGCCUCUAUUUAUUCUGUGACAUAGUUUUUGUACAUGGGGGCUCCCAUCAGGGCUCUGAGGGGAGUGUCUCGCUCAGAGAUGGGGGCACAACCCCCCUUCCCACCACCCACCCAGAAACCCGCUGUGCCUCCUCCUAGGCUCAUUCCUCCAGAGCACCCUUUACCCCAGGGGGGUGGGGGGAGGCACAUGGGUGAUGGGGGUGCAGAUUCCUGUGGUUUGGGGGCAGCCCCCAGCCUGUGGCUGCUCCCAGCCUGUGGCUGCUCCCCCCUCCCUGCUGCAGGCCAGCACUCAUGGGUUGGGCUGGCUCAGGAUCAGGGGGUGGUGUGCUUGCAGGGGGCUUUUUCAUGCUUGAUGGAGACAAGUAGGGACUCCACACCUCCCCCAUACUCUGCUGUAAGCGGCUGGAUUCAGCUGCUGGGGGGUGUUGGGGGCCCAGCCUUGCUUGUACAGAACCUGCCCAAGCCCUGGGAGGCGGGGGGUUCUGCCGCAUCCUUUGUGUUUGA